AUUUUCGCAUUUUAACAAAUUUUUGAAAUUUCAUAUCUUAGUGUUUCCAUUAAAAAACAAAAGUAUACUUUUGUUUAUGUUGUGGAAACACCAUCGUUAGCUACCUAAUCUUUUCCUUCUGGCUUUUGACAGCUUUCAAAACAUAGGUUAAACCAUGGCUCCUAGGAAAAAUAAAGUUGCGAAAGAGGAGGUCCAGGUGACCCUUGGUCCUCAGCACUUGGCAGGCGAAACUGUAUUCGGAGUCGCUCACAUUUUUGCUUCAUUCAAUGACACAUUUGUACACGUUACUGACUUAUCCGGUCGGGAAACCAUCGCUCGUGUUACUGGUGGCAUGAAGGUAAAGGCUGAUCGUGAUGAAGCCUCACCCUAUGCUGCUAUGUUGGCUGCACAGGAUGUUGCAGAGAAAUGCAAAACUCUUGGAAUAACUGCUUUACACAUCAAACUCCGUGCUACUGGUGGUAACAAGACAAAGACACCAGGGCCUGGCGCCCAGUCUGCUCUUCGUGCCCUUGCUCGUUCCAGUAUGAAGAUUGGCCGCAUUGAGGAUGUGACACCGGUCCCAUCAGACUCCACUCGCAGGAAGGGUGGUAGACGUGGUCGCAGGUUGUAAUCUGGUAGUGUAAGUUCACUGUGCACUUUUAAUAAAAAGUUAACAGUA